AUGUCAUUGGUCCUAUUACUACUGGCCGAUCAUACUUUCCAAGCACAGUGUUCAACCACAGUCGAAAGCAGAGAAAGCACGAUUGGUCGCAUUCACACUGUUUCGAAACUCGAGGUAUCACGAGAGCACAAGAUGCCGCUCUGUCUCACCUUCAUCGACUUGAAGAAGGCCUUCCACUCAAUUGAGACGGAAGCUGUCAUGGAAGCCUUGGACAACCAAGGCGUCCCUACUCAGUACGUAAAGCUGAAUAUGAAAAAGGCGAUGUUCAUGCGUAACGGAUGGGUUUCGGAUGCCCCAUUCACGCUCAACGAAACGAAUGUAUCCGAAUGCACCAGCUACGUUUAUCUGAGUCGGAAAUUGAACAUGAUGAACGACCUGAUCCCCGAGCUGGACAGGACGAGACGAGCGGCUUGGGAAGCGUAUAGGAACAUCGAGGAUGUGGUAAAGAAGACUAAGAACACCCAGCUCCGUGGCCACCUUUUCAAUACCACCGUACUUCUUGUUUUGACCUAUGCCUCGGAAACCUGGGCACUUCGCAAGCAGGAGAACGCGAUGAGCGUUAUUGAAAGCACAGUUGAGAGAGUGAUGCAAGGAGUAUCCAGCUUCACGCAAGUCACGGGUGGGAUUUGA